GCCGCAGGCAUUUUUCGGUACUGUAUGAGUCGGUGGUCGAUGCGGCAGGGUGGCUCGCGCUACUCCGUCAGUCGUUUCCUUGUGAGUUCGGCUCAGUCCGGUGUCAAAGUUGUCGCAAGAGUUGCGCCUGGUGUUUUGCGAGGACCGUGCGGCGUCGGAAGUGUGUGACAGUGUUUCUGCAAGCAUUUGAAAACUGUCCGCGUCAAGUACAGUCUCUGUUGCUAACCCUAACAAAAAGAAACAAACGGCAGCGGCUCUUAGAUGAUUGCGUGAGGGACCUCGGGCGACUGCUUCGACGAUAUUGAAUCCUGGGCUGAGCUCGUCGUUUGCCACCCUCCCCAUGUCGCCGCCCGCGCAUGGGACACGCUUCCUACUGGACAGGUGUGAGCAGAGAGAGUCCAAAAUGAGCCGAUUCCCUGGCAGUCACAUCCUGCGGGGCCCGAUUCGUCGCCUCCCGCCGCCACGUCGUCUGAUUUGAGCUCGCUGCUGUCGUUUUCGGUGCGUCGUUUGUCGGUCGGCUGCAAGAUGGCGGACCACAGCGAGCUGGUGACCGAGAUGAGCGUUGUGGAGAAGAUGAGCACCCAGGAGCGGCUGAAGCACGCCAAGAAGCGGCGCCAGCAGCAGCUCAAGAAGUGGAGCCAGCACGAGCGCGAGCUGCAGAAGUCCAAGAAGGGCAAGGCCUCGUCGCCGGCCGUCGCGCCGCCGCCCACCGAGUACAAGGUGCACUUCGUCCCCAGCGUCAUGCUCCUCGAGGCCGCAGCGCGGAACGACGUUGACGAAGUCCGGCGCUUGCUGAUGCUGGGAGUGAGUCCCGAUUCUACCAACGAGGACGGGCUCACGGCACUGCACCAGUGCUGCAUCGAUGACAGCGAGGAGAUGAUGAAGCUGCUUAUCGACUUCGACGCUAACGUGAACGCAAAGGACAGCGAGCAGUGGACUCCCCUGCACGCGGCCGCCACCUGCGGUCAUAUUCACCUCGUGCGCUACCUCAUCUCCAGAGGUGCUGACCUCUUAGCUGUCAAUGCCGACGGCAACAUGCCGUAUGAUAUAUGUGAAGAUGAGCCGACGCUAGACUACAUUGAAUCUGAGAUGGCAAAAAGAGGCAUCACCCAGGAAAUGAUUGAUGAAACCAGGGCAGCCAAUGAAGUAAUGAUGCUAAGUGACUUGAAGGGCCUAAGUGACGCGGGCGGCGACUUGGAGUUCAGGGAUGAGCAAGGUGCCACACCUUUGCACAUUGCAGCAGCCAAUGGGUACGUGUCCGUGGUCGAGUUCCUCCUUGAUCAGCAUGUGUCGACGGAUGUAUGCGACAAUGACCAAUGGCAGCCGAUUCAUGCAGCAGCUUGCUGGGGUCAUCCGGACGUAUUGGAAAUGCUGGUACAGGCUGGUGCUGAUCUGAAUGCGCGCACCAAGAAUGGCGAGACACCAUAUGACAUCUGUGAAGAUCCUGACCUGAAGGAGAGAAUUGUGCAACUACGAAGUGAAAUGGAAACAAAAAGGGCCAUGCAGCCGAACAAACUGCGGCGUUCACAAAGCCAGAAUACUCGCAGCCAAUCGGUGCGUCGAACAAGCAUCCGUGAGAAAGGCAUGAUUUCCCGCCGAGAGGCCCGUGAGGAAGCCCGCAUCCGCCAAGAGCAGCAGGCACCACUGGGCAAGGACGAGGAUGAAGAGGCGGUGAGGAGGAAGUCUGAAGGUGAUGUCAUGAAUGGCGACUCUGGCUCGUUGACAAGCCCUGGCAGCGAUAGCGAGCGACCAGCUAGCACAGUCUCAUCUCUGCCACUGUCAUUGGCUCCUCCAACCGUUGCUGUGGAAGUGGCAGGAGCGGCAAGUUCCCCGAAUCGUUGUGGCUUGGAAGGAGUGGCUGACCCAGGGUCAUUGGGGUCACUAGCCCCGAUGCCCCCGCCGUCAUACUCUGAGGUCUCGCCAAUGCCGGCAAGGCACCAGGGGGGCGCUGCGGAGGCAGUCAAGGUGGAAAUCCACGUGACCGUAAACACUCAACAGGCAUCAGUAGGCUUCUCGCCUCAGAAUGGAACGCUUUCGGACUUGAAGAAACACAGGGCCGACCUUCGAAACAGUCGUGGCUCCCUCACACUGUCUGCUUCACAGCAACAGGAGAUAGUUGGCAAAAUGGCAGCAUCUGCCACAGCGCUUGGACAGAAUGGACACCAGCACCAUUUCAGUGCGACUGUUCGAAAACCGAGCUAUGAAGCUCCUCCAUCACCAUCGACGUCCCUUCGACGUUUUCGUAGCGAUCCUUCAGAGAUAGUGGGUGAACCACAUCGUAAGGACUGUUGCGCUGUCAUGUGAUGGUGCCAAUAGGACAAGGAAACAAAAAGGAAGAAAAAUAUAUUUACCUUUGAGUUUUGAAACAAUGCACUUGCAAAAGCAUUUGCACUCCUCAACAUUUUCGACGUUGCGAUGACGCGAAACACGGUGCUUGUGCUCGCGAACGCAGUGAGCUUCAUGGUGGGUAAUGGUUCCGGUUAGAUAGAGAAGCUAGUGAUAGCUCACCCCAGGUGCGCAUGUGCCAAUAUAUGAUACACGACGUGUUGUCCAGAAAGUGCUUAUACUUUUCCUUCUAGAGGUUGUUGUAAUUCCAGGCAGCAUAAUACGAUGAGAGCCAUUGUCCAAAUUUUUUGGCAUUUUGUGAUGGGCUUUCAUGCAAACAAAAAGGACAUUCAGUGAAUUAAGUCCAAAGUGCAGGUAAAUGUGCCAAUGGACAAUUUAUUUUGCUUCAGUUCAUUGUGUGCUCCUUGUACCAGCACAUUUUUACAACGAGUGGAUUUGUACCGGAGAUGCUCAAAGGGACAUAUAUGCGAUGUAUUCAAACCAUAGUGAGUGGUUAAAAGUUUUUUGCUGGCAGUAGUGUGCGAUUGUUUUUGGAAAUCACGUCUGCAUUAAAGUGAAGCUUUUCAUUACACUGUACUUUAUUAUAAGAUUAUAGCAGGCAUCUGAACUUUCUGCAUAUUGAAAGUUUUCUAAAGAAACUACCAGCACCAAAAGUUUAUUGGGACAUUUUCCAUGAAAGAAGUGAACUUUACCACAGCUUGGGUAUGCAGCCUGUAAAAGAGUGGAACGCCAUGUUGGUUGCACAUACUAGAGCUGACUGAAAGUGAAAUUGGGGCUGCCCUGGUGUUGUAGGUUUGUAGGAGUUGGUAAUGCAUCCUUGGCUUAGGCUGCGCGAAAUAACAUAGGUGGAGGGAGGAGGGAAAAAAAAUACUGCACUGUGUUUUCUUUCCCUCUGUCUAUGUUAUUUCGCGCUGCCUAAGUCAUGUAUCUUUGACUAGUGAACCAUUCCAUAAAAGUAAUAUAAUGCUGCUGCAGUCUCGCCUGUGGUCUUUACAGCUGUUUUAUUGCAAAGGAAUCGGUUAAACAUUGUGUUGUUGCCAAGCUUGAUGUCAAAGUUCAAGUGGGUUGUUGCAGCUUUACAAGUGACUGAAAAGUGAGUUUGUUUUGUACAGCAGCGAAAAUGCAUUUAGUACGAUAUGUUUUACAAUGAAAAUGUUUUUUCCUGUCAAAGCACUUUGGUCUUGUUGCAUGUAGAUAAAUUCACAAUUAAGACAAGGUGUAGCAAUGGCUUUUCAGCUUUCAUUAUGACAUGUUGCUUACAUGGCCACCACCAUAUUUUUUUACAUGGGGUUUAUUAAUGCAUAUGCAGCUAAUGACAUUGCGCUUGAAGAACAGAAGUGCUGAGAUUAUCUCGGGACGUUCUCUGUUUGGCUUCCAAUGAGAAAGUAGUAGAACCUCAUUGAUACAUUCCAUUUUUUGUUUAUGUUUUCCCAGCUCUUAUGCUCUGAAAAUGCUGGUUCCAUUUAUGUCCCAUAGGGUCAUGUGUGUUAGUUUCCCGGUUAUGUCCAAAAACUGCAACAGCGCACCACCGACAUGGCAUCAUCCAUCAGCGGUGCGUACAUUAACUGCCACUGUUGUGGCCUUCGAUACCUUGCGCAGCUACUUUGAUAUACACAGCUGCGCAGAAACUAAAAAAAGAGCUGUGUGUGUGCUCAAAAAGAGGCUGUUAUUGUUAUUCAACACACAUGCUUUAUGGAAAUCAUAAGAUUAGUUUAGUGCGAUUCAUUAGUAGAACUGUUCCGAAAAUGUUCAAUCUAACUGCCAAGUUGCAAAAGCAAGCUUUACUUAAUGGGUUUGGGAUAGUUCAUUUGCUUUCUACCUAACUUGAAAUAAAGUUCUGUGUAAGAGUCACUAUUUACCUCAUCUUUAGUAUUGCCACAAGUGUUAUUGGAUGUUACAUUUCUGUGAAAUCAUGCAGUCUGUUUUUUCUGUAGUCCCCUAAGAAGUGUAUUAAUGAGGUUCUACUUUAUAGCAUAAAUGCAGCAUCUGGUUUUCAUAUACAUGUAUUUAAGAAAAAAAGAACGGGGCUGCUAGACUUUUUCUGGUCCACAUGCUUAUGCUGCAUGACAAGUCCACACUUAACUGUACGUAAAUAUUCCUACAAAUCUGCAUUCUGUGUAAAUCAUUUUACCUUGGUUUACUAGAUGUUGCCACUCUGAACAGUAGCCUGUAUCCAUAAUGCACUUGGCAAGACCAAAUUAACAAAACUUGUGUAACACUAUACAAAGAUUUAGGCUAGUUUUGUUUUGAAACUUGGCUUGUAUUGCUAGAGUGAAAAAGAAAAAUUCAAGCUUUUCAUUUUUUAAUUUCAUACUCAAAUUGCAACACCAAUGUGAUGUCGUGUAUCUCGUGACAUUUUCAUGGAUGUCUGCUGUUUUUGUGCAUUCUUAUAGGAAGAGUUCUUAAAAGCUACAGCUCGAGCUUUUGAUCACCUUAGAAUGCAGUUUAAUCUGCAAAUGUGGGUAAUUAACUAUCACCCAGCAGCCACUGUCAAAAUACUGACUUCAUGGGAACAGGAACUCAAGCUGGUGUCACUACCCACAUAUACAUUUUUUUUGUGUGUGUGUGCAUAUUUCCUGGCUUGCUAUGCAACCCUCAAAUUAUAGUAAGUCUGACAUACUUGCAAUUACAGUAGUUUAUUUUUUAAUAGUUCUCCUUAGUGCCCCUUUCAGACUCCGUUGUUGAUUAUAGACUGAUUGUCAAUACAUGUAUGGUGCUGCAGUGUACAAAAUUUUAUGCUAGCUGCCCAGUGCUCUAGAUGACGUACACAGUGUGAUGAGGAGAAAAUAGCCUGUAUGGUGUUGAUUGAUGAAAUUGUGUGUGGCAAACAUUAUACUAGUGAUGGCUUCCUUUGUUGCGGGUACUAGCUUGUUCAGGCCGAUGCCAGUGUUCGUUAAUCAUGCAAGUUAGGGAUGUAGCAUUUGUAGUGGUUCGAGUGUAUCUCAAACGUUCUUGGAAUUGGAUUUCUAGAGUAGGUAGAAAUUUUUUUUUAAUAAGAGUAAAUCUUGUCUACAUUGUGAAAGAUUAUUGCUAUUUUGACCUUCGGAGCCAGUGAGCAGCUAUGUUUCAGGACAGGUAUAAAAGGCACUAAACUGUGUGGCUCUUUCAUAGCCUUUGUGCCCUUCAGUCUUGCUUCAGAUGACGAUAAAGCUAGGGCAUUUCUCGCAUAAGAAAAUUAUAAACAUGUGACAGCUAAAAACUUCAACCUAGCACUAGCACCAGUUAACGCACAAAGGUUAUACUUGAAUUUUGAAGUCAUGAACGGGUCAUUUUUGUUUCAAAUGGCACUUCAGUGGGCAUUUAAGAACUAAGUGCUGCGCUUUAACGCACAUGAUAUGUAGGGGCUGGUUUGAGCUUCAAAAUACACAUGUACCCUAUGCUGCCACAUAUUUUCCAUGAAUGUGUUUAGUAGUAGUGUUUUAACUGGUCCUUUCAUCUAUUGCGUACAGUCAGCACUACUAGCUAGCCAGCCGUUACCUUACUCAUGUUGACUAAAUGGAGAAUUGUAUACUGUAGGUGCAAUUAUAGUUGCAACUCUCAACAUACUUCCAUGGAGAACGGUGUGGAUGACAAGUUAUUGUUUUGUUUGCUUCACUAAGCUUCAAUUCUUUGAGAAUGUUGCAGCUGUGAAGCAUCUUGUCCUCAGUGGGACCAUUGUAAGAGAUGCAGAAUGUUGUGAACACUGCACCUUGUUGACCUGUCUCUUGACACCUGUAUAGAGUUGGAUGAUUUUACUGCUGAAAUUGUUUACCACAAAGUGUGGCUCUCCACAAUUUAGGAUGACUGUUUUCCCGGUAUGUGCUGGCCUGAAUAACCUCUUAUAUUUAAAUUUUUUUUUCAUUCCUCCUGGCGUUUUCUUUUUGCCAGCAUUUUUUUUCUUUGUAAGAUGUAUAAAUAUAGCCAAACAGCAGAUAAGCUGCAUGCUCUGUAGUGUUAUAGAUCUAAGCCUUGUUUUGUUGCAUUUUUGCUGCAUUUUGAUGUCUAGUGUGGCAGUGGUAAGUGUUAUAUUUUAAAAUAAGAAACUUCAUCAUUCCACCAGACAGACAUGCCCAGGGUUGUGAAAGGCUGCCAAAUAGACACCAGAAUUUUUCUUUUUGCUUUCAGAUACAUUGUUCAUGGGAAACAUUGUUUUUCACUUCUGUCUGCGGAAAUGAAACACUGGAGGAAGGGCACAUUAAUUGAUCAAAAUGCUGUACACAUCUACGAUUUGUCUUGUGGCAUAUAUGCCUUCAAUAACAUUGUUAUGCCUAUGCUACCAAAAGACAAGCCUAGUGACAAUUAGUCUGAGCAUGUUGCAGCAUUCCAGUUUGGGUGUUUGAAAUAUGACCAGGUCUAGCCAAAGCUUCUUGAGAUGCCAUCCUGGUUGGUGCCAACAAGCUUUAACCACCAAGUUUAUAAAGGCCAGAAACAAAUGUUCAUCUGCAGGCAUAGUGUGGGUAAUUUUUGGCAUCUUGCUUGUGGUACUUUUGGGCUGGUUGCAGAAGGCAGUAGUUGUGCCGCGGUUUGUACUACUGCAUACUUGUCCAAGACGGUGUCAUUGCUGUUGACUGUACUGCCCUAAGUAGUGGCCUUUCAAGUGCAGUAAAUCACUGCCUUGCUGCAAGCACUCAUAGCCAGCUAGUACCAAUCAGCUUAGUGUCUAGACUGUGUGAUGCGACAAGCUUGUUUUAUCUGCAUACAUAUUGAUGUCCUUUUAGCUACCAGUCUAUGCAUGAGCCUACUUUGUACAUUGCUACAUGCAUUGUUUGGGAGUGUUUAUCGGAUUGUGUUGCCAACAAACUGAGUCUUCAAGCUGCUGUGACAGUGACACACAAUAUGCAUGAGCCUACUUUGUACAUUGCUACAUGCAUUGUUUGGGAGUAUUCAUCGGAUUGUGUUGCCAACAAACUGAAAGUCUUCAAGCUGCUGUGACACACAAAUGUUGCCAACGUAGCAACAGUUGACAGAAUCCACUGUAAAACUGCCAUGUUGCAAUCAGCCGGUGGUAGUUGUGGUUCCUACCUCAACUGUAACCUGGUGUAUCUAAUUUUAAGCAGUUGCUGUCAAACAUCAUCUGAUGUGUUCCUGAUUACGUAUUGCACAGCAGUGUGACAGAAGUAUGAAAAGAUUUAGGCCGAUUGGAGCCUUUUAAAAUGGGCUGGCAGCUCAUAUGUGUCAGUGAUGAUUGCAGCAACUGUGUUCGUUUUCCUAGACUUGUUUUCUUUGAAUUCUUGUCCAGCUCUCCUGCUGAUAUGGAUUUUUUCCCUUUCGGCGUGUACUCUGCUGUGCAGCUACAGCUGAGUGUUUCUGUAACUUGUGCACUUCUUCCUCUCUUUAGAAGGCCAUGAAUAAAACCUGGGAAUACUGUU